AUGGUGUGCAUUCGGCAGGCCACCGUGGAGGACCUACUGGCCAUGCAGAGCUGCAACCUCAUGUGCCUGCCUGAGAACUACCAGAUGAAGUACUACCUGUACCACAUCGUCGGCUACGUGCUUGCCAAGAUGGAGGAGGAGUCAACGGAGUGUCGCGGGCACAUCACAUCGCUGGCAGUCUCUCGCACUCACCGCAAGCUGGGGCUCGCCACCAAGCUCAUGACCGCUGCCCAGCAUGCAAUGGAGGAGGUGUUUGGGGCCGAGUACGUGUCGCUGCAUGUGAGGAAGAGCAAUCGGGCGGCUUUCCACCUCUACACGGAAACACUCGGUUACAAGAUAAACGACAUUGAGGCGAAGUACUAUGCUGAUAGCGAGGACGCUUAUGACAUGCGCAAGAACCUCAAGCCCGCUGCAGAGAAGCCCAAGAAGGAGCUCAAGGGAGGAAAGGCGGCUUCUGAUGAUAAAGCAUAUCCUAAUAACGAGGAUGCACCCAAGGAAGAUGCUGAGGCAGCUAGUAAAGGGGAUAGGAACGGUGCAGAGGGGACUGGAAGAACUGAUGAGUCGAAGGCUGGGGAGAAAAAGGAGGAAGGUUCUGAGAAGGCGGGUGAGAAGGAGGUGGCUGCGCCGGCAACACCAGUGAGGGAGAAGGAGAAGGGGGCGUCCCGGGGGGGUGGCAAGGGCGGGUCUGGGCGGCGGCGCAAGGGCGGCAAGGGCUAA